AUGCAGCAGAAUGACACUCCUAAACACAGAAUUCAGCCGUUUUUCACCAACAGAACAGAAACAGUGGGUUUAGUCCACACUCUGACACAUUUAGGGCUGAAACCAGUCGUGUUCUGGAAGGACCACCAGGAAGGACCAACAGGAAGGACCACCAAGAAGGACAACCAGGAAGGACCAUCAGGAAGGACCACCAGGAAGGCCAACCAGGAAGGACCACCAGGAAGGACCACCAGGAAGGACCAUCAGGAAGGCCUAAAAGGAAGGACCACUAGGAAGGACAACCAGAAAGGACCACCAAGAAGGACAACCAGGAAGGACCACCAGGAAGGACCAACAGGAAGGACCACCAAGAAGGACAACCAGGAAGGACCAUCAGGAAGGACCACCAGGAAGGAAGGACAACCAGGAAGGACCAACAGGAAGGACAACCAGAAAGGACCACCAAGAAGGACAACCAGGAAGGACCAACAGGAAGGACAACCAGAAAGGACCACCAAGAAGGACAACCAGGAAGGACCACCAGGAAGGACCAACAGGAAGUACCAACAGGAAGGACCAACAGGAAGGACCACCAAGAAGGACCACCAGGAAGGACCAUCAGGAAGGACCACCAGGAAGGCCAACCAGGAAGGACCACCAGGAAGGACCACCAGGAAGGACCAUCAGGAAGGCCUAACAGGAAGGACCACUAGGAAGGACAACCAGAAAGGACCACCAAGAAGGACAAUCAGGAAGGACCACCAGGAAGGACCACCAGGAAGGACCAACAGGAAGGACCAACAGGAAGGACCACCAAGAAGGACAACCAGGAAGGACCAUCAGGAAGGACCACCAGGAAGGCCAACCAGGAAGGACCACCAGGAAGGACCACCAGGAAGGACCAUCAGGAAGGACCAACAGGAAGGACCAUCAGGAAGGCCAACCAGGAAGGACCACCAGGAAGGACAACCAGGAAGGACCAUCAGGAAGGACCACCAGGAAGGCCAACCAGGAAGGACCACCAGGAAGGACAACCAGGAAGGACCAUCAGGAAGGACCACCAGGAAGGACCACCAGGAAGGACCACCAGGAAGGCCAACCAGGAAGGACCACCAGGAAGGACAACCAGGAAGGACCAUCAGGAAGGACCACCAGGAAGGCCAACCAGGAAGGACCACCAGGAAGGACCAUCAGGAAGGACCAACAGGAAGGGCCAACACUAAGGACCAACAGGAAGGGCCAACACUAAGGACAACCAGGAAGGCCGAACAUGAAUGA